AUGGAAAACUCAUGGAUUGCGGCGAUGUGUUUGGUUAUGGCUACGAUUUGCAGCACAACUGCUACCAACGAAUCCCCGCCAUACACAGUCGUUCACACCGACUCCGAUUUCGAGAUCAGACUCUACCAACCCUCCGUCUGGAUGUCCGCUCCCGCCCUAAACAUCAUCUCCUUCGAGAAAGCGACAUGGAACGGCUUCCACAGAUUGUUCCAGUUCAUACAAGGCGCCAAUCUCAAUUUCUCUCGAAUUCCGAUGACCGCUCCAGUAUUAACAACCAUGGUACCCGGUGCUGGUCCUCUCGAAUCACAAGGCUACUAUGUUAGUUUCUAUUUGCCGGUGAAAUUCCAAGCGGAUCCACCGCUUCCACUUCCGGAACUCAAUAUUAAACCCUAUAAUUUUGAUAGCCACUGCGUUGCUGUGAGAAGAUUCUCUGGAUUUGCGAAGGAUGAGAGGAUUGUAAAAGAGGCGGAGAAGCUAGAUUCGAGUUUGAGUAGGUCACCGUGGGGUGAGUCGAAGAGUCACCGGGGUUACUCGAUUGCACAGUAUAAUUCUCCUGUUCGGAUUGCUAAGCGUACAAAUGAAGUAUGGGUGGAUAUUCAUGCUCCAGAACUGGGAUGUACCUUAGUUGGUUUUGCAGCAAAUUGA